GCGAGCACUGCGGAGCCACGAGCACAUAGGAGGAAAAGAACUGCGACGCGCGCCACUAUAUGCCUCGUCCUUAUCGGACAGCGGGCAUUAUUUAUAUCUAACGAAAACAAUAAUAGGUUAUUUUUUUGUAUCGACUAUUUUAUCAAUUUGAACAGCAUAGAUAAAUACAAAAGACAAGGGGAGGCAGGGAAUGUUUACAUCGGAUGCUCUUGUACAUAGACGCGUAACUCUCGUACUACCACUUUAAACGGUGAUGUCUCAGUAGAGCCCUGGUUUCCUUCAGAUCCCUCUGGUCACAGAGCCCUGCAACUGUAUCCCCCUGCUUAAUCCAAAAUGUCUACAACCAAAAGUGUCUACGAGGGCAAGAUAGCCGGCCUGUAUGACCUGGACCGCACACUGGGCAAAGGCCAUUUCGCCAUGGUCAAACUAGCCCGUCAUGUUUUCACGGGCCAAUUAGUUGCAGUCAAAAUCAUCGACAAGACCAAGCUUGACGACUUAGCGACCAGCCACCUUCUCCAAGAAGUCCGUUGCAUGAAGCUAGUCCAGCACCCCAACGUCGUGCGACUGUACGAGGUUAUCGAUACGCAAACCAAGCUCUACCUUAUCCUGGAGCUGGGCGAUGGAGGUGACAUGUACGAUUACAUCUUGCGCCACGAAGGUGGCGUGGCCGAAGAUACAGCGAAAGUGCACUUUGCACAGAUCGUACGAGCAAUAGCCUACUGCCAUCGUCUGCACGUUGUGCACAGAGAUUUGAAGCCGGAGAAUGUUGUUUUCUUCAGGCAACAGGGGACAGUGAAACUCACAGAUUUCGGGUUUAGUAACCAUUUUCAGCCCGGCACCAUGUUGAUGACCAGCUGUGGUUCAUUAGCGUACUCUGCCCCAGAAAUACUUCUAGGUGAAGAGUAUGAUGCUCCUGCAGUGGAUGUUUGGUCACUGGGUGUGAUCCUCUAUAUGCUGGUCUGUGGAUACCCACCCUUUCAAGAGGCCAAUGACAGUGAGACCCUCAUCAUGAUCAUGGACUGUCGUUACACUGUACCUGACCAUGUCUCUCCAGAAUGCAAAGAUUUGAUUUCCCGUAUGCUACAAAGGGACCCUGCUAAGCGGGCAUCUCUCACUGAGAUAGAGGGUCACACUUGGCUGCAGGGUGUUGACCCAUCGCCCGCCGGGUGCACAGCUGCCCCUCUUACCUCUCACCGCAGUUUGUUGCCUGAGGAGCAUGAGUUCAUACUGCAGGCCAUGGCCAGUGGCAACAUUGCUGAUCGAGAUGUCAUCCAGGAAGCACUGGAAGCAGACAGAUAUAACCACAUCACAGCCACUUACUUCUUGCUGGGGGAGCGACUCCUCAGAGAAAAACAGGAACAGACCAGUAUCACUCCUGAACAAAGACAUGCACAGAGGCCCAUGUCUGAACCACUGGACUUGGUGAGCCAAGCACCCCAGGCUGAUACAAUAAGAGGGGCCCAUCUGGGUCCAUUGGCACCCCUCAGUGCUAUGUCCUCUAGUUACGCCCGAAGGGGUGUGAGUGAGUCCGGGGACCUGCUGGCUCCCAAACCUAACCGUCAUGAUAACUCCUUCAGUGACUUUUGUAGCACAGCUCCUUGCUUGAAUCUCAGCUUGCGCCCUCUACCUCCAGACCAACCUAAUGUCAAGAGCCUUGGAUCCUUACAGCAGAUCUGUGAGGAAGAAGAGGAUGAUGAGGAUGAGAAGGAGCAGAACAGGGACGAGGCAAAACUUAAGGUGGUACCCAGUAUUCCAGGUCCACUUCCGUCAACAGAUCUCUCUUUGAAACCUUCUAGAACAUCUUCGCAAUCAGAGACUCUGUGUGAAACAGGGAAGCCAAAAAGUAAGGUGAUGGGAAACUGUGAAAUACUGGCCGAGGAAGAGGAACUUGAAGAAGGGGUGGAGGGUACAGAAAAGGAGGUGAAGCUUUUCGAUUCAGAGUCUAACUUUGCUGCAGUCACUGUGGAACAUCAAGAGGAGAAGCCUCCAAAGACUGAAACCGAUGUGGAAAAGAUCAACCAUACUAAGCAACCAAGUAGAACAAGGGACAAGAGUGUUUUCACCCAACCGAGCAUGUCUUUAGAUGAGCAUGAUGGACAACAGAUUCAAGGUCCAAAUAUCGAUGGACCUCCUCCAGCUCCCAGACUGGAUGUUGUUCAGUGCUGCUGGGGACAGCGGGAACCUUCAAAGGACACAAUAGAAAACAACAAUAACACCUUGGCCAAAUCCAGGCUUCUUGAGGUUGGGGUAGUGUCAACUCCUUGCAGUUCCCCAAGGUCCCUACCUAGGAAUCACUGUGUAGAUCUGGGUCCAGAUGGGGUGGAGAUGCGUAAGACGGGGGGUGAAGUUGAGAAACCAGAAGAAGCCCAGCCCAAACCCCAGAAAAGUCUUAACAGCCCGAGGGACACAAGCACUGACCCUGCUAUCCGAGCCGACCCCAGCAAGGUCAAGAACGUGAACUUCCGGGAACGUCUACUACAGUUCCCACUCUGCGAAAAAGCCUUGUCCUUCAACAUCCAGCCCACUUCUAAAGAGAAGCUCCUUCCGUUUGCACAGUACAACUGCUGUCACGUGUUGUAGAGAGGAAUGCAAAGAAAGAAUGAACUGGCAUCACUGGCAGUGUGACUUGCAACUUAAUUUAUUUGACUUGUUAGCGUGAACCCCAUUAAAGCCCUCUACAACUGUCCAGAGUUGUAGACACUAAAAGAUGAAGAGUGUGAUCGCACCUCAUUCUGUAACCUCAGAGAUGCUUUGCCUCACAAUCUACUUCUUAUACAUCUCUAUUUUCUUUCCGUAACCAGAAUUCCUUGCCGCUUUCCUGUAAGGCCAAAGUAUACUUUGGUUUUCUGCAUGCGCUACAUCUCGCACAGUGUGCAUGAUGCAAAUUCCAUCUUUUGCACUGAACGUGCACACUGUCCAAGUGUAGCCAAGGUUUUUUAGGCAAGCAGACAGUCUUCCUCUGUGCAUCAUCGGUACAUGUGCCUUGUGUUGACUGUUCUAAAGAGUAUCACAAAGAAGUCGUAGUGUGCAUGGUGCAAAUGUCAAAAGAGGAUUAAUUGAAAGGCUAGAGCAUUCAACCAUUUGUGAGACGUAGCAGCAUGCAGAAAAACUAUUUGUACCCUAGCUUUUAGACAUGCUGUGUAUAUGAACACCUGUAUCUACUGACACUGCUCACUAUAUACUCUGCCAUCUCAGAGACAUUUCUUAGAACUAGAGUAUGUCUUGCCAGCAUAGGAGCUUUAAUUCAAUAGCUAGUCAUUUUGCACUGUAAUUGCUUCACCACAUUAGUGUACUAUCCAAUUUUUAUAAGUGAUGAUGCAUCAUCGAACAAGGGGCUUUGAAGACCACGCUUCACAGUGAAACUUAACAAGCCAGAUUUGGCUACAAGAAGAGCAAGUGUGAUGACAUAGCCAUCUAGUUGUUGACAAUAAUGGAAUCAGUUUCAUCUUGUUGAUUUGUUUACAUUUUCAGGGGGCUGUGAAGCAAGGUUCUUUUUGGCACUCACUCAAUUUUUAUAGAAGUUGCAUGGCCGUGGGACUGAAUGUCCUGCACCAUGGCCUUGUGUGGAUGUGUUUGUUAGUUAGCAGUUUACCCUCAGGCUGUGGCACAGCAAGCAGAACAGUUGGCCACAUUGAUACAGCGAACAGUGACAGUUUGAGAGCAUGCUUAAUCAGAACAGCUUAUCUUAGCAUCCGCAUCUAGCUGAGGGUUGACCAGGGAAAGAUGUUGAGUACAUCUGCGAUAUAUUUUCAAAAAAAUAAAAAGAGGGCUUGAACAGAGAUUAUUCUGAGAUUAUUGCGAGAGACAUUUCAUGAAAAGGACAUAUUAUUACACAACAAUGUAAGACAGGUCUUCCUGGAGCUAUAUUUUGGAGUUUGUUUUAAAACUGCAAAUUCUUGGAAAUAGUAUGAAUCUUUUAUCAAGUGUUAUCAAGAGUUUGUAGAAAACAUGGUGAAACAAACAUCUUUUGUUACAUGACAUAUGUGAGGGAGAUUAAUUACAUAACAUUUGAACUUCUAUUUUUGUUUAAUCAUCUGCCUCUGUGCACAUAUAACAUUUGUUGUAAUGGGAUAAGCUCAUAUCCAGUCAUCUACAGUGUGUAUUUUUUCCUUUGAACUUGUGCUGUUGGUUUGUAUUUUAGCCCUCACUUAGCAUACAUGCUAAACAACCAUUUCAACCCUUCUACUUUAGGUAUUAUCAAAUGAAGGCAGUGACUUUUUUGACACUAGUGUCAUUAAAGUGAAAUAUGGAAAGGGUCUACAGUAUAUAUAAAUGUCCUAUACUUUGUGUCAUAGCUGUUGUAAAUACUUUUGAGGAGUAUGCUAACUUGAUGCUAAUAGCAUAGCUGAGCCUAGCUUAAAACUUACUUUAAGAAAAUCCAAAUGUUGCUACGGCACGACUGAAGCUAAUGGUUACCAUUGUCUUACCUCUAAAUAGCCUAAACACAUCACAUAAACAUUUAUAUAGCAGAUUUUACUGUAAUAAAUGAUACUUUGGUACUCCAAAGGACGUUGAAGCUAUAUCACACUAUAUAUAGUGCACCAAAGUCAUCAGUUUGUGAAAUACUUUUGUCACAUAGUCAGUGUAUGUGCAGAUGUCUUGCAUUUUUCUUCUGUUCAAUAUCUCGGACCACAGAUAAGCUUGACCAAAAGCACAAAAACAGAUUUAAUGAAAUGUAAAGGUGCUUUGGGAAGAGAUUUCUGACAAAUUUCACAUCAUUUUUUCAGGUUACAAAUAAAAUAAUAAUUCUGCCACUAGUACACACCAAUUAUAAUAUCUAGUCACAAAAGCUGAGGAUCUAGAAUCAGGUUUCUCCAUUCCUGUUGUUGUCACUCUUAACAGAAAAUACUGAUCUAGGAACAGCAAUUCUGACAAGAAAUAAUUAGUGAGCCCUAUGGAACAAUCAGAUGUAAAAAGUUGACAUGCACUGUGUUAUCAUAAAAAAAAAUUAUUGUAUGCAUUUUGUUUAUCGUUUGACAUGAGUCUCCAUACUUUCCAAGCAGCUGUAAUCGCUUCAUUGCGAUAGUCAGAUUUGGCUUUGUCUAUAGUCCCAUUUACCCUUACUAAAACAAUGACUGUGUCUCAAUGAGAUUAAUUUAUUUUUAUAUUUAUUUAUUAAAACUGAUUAAACUGUCAUUUGUGUCUUUGU